AUGGAGGACUUGAAAGGGGAAGAAAAAAGCACUCUCGACGGCGCACAAAUUCCAUCUAUGACCAAACACGACGUACUACCGCCCACUUCCGACCACUGUACCCUGCAGUGCCAGACCACCAACGAUGAAGUUCCUGAACAGAACAUAGAAGCGGGUUCUAUCUACGAGAUAGAUCACUCUUACCUACCCAACAGAACUCCUGUUCAACUCAGGUCCAUCCGAGUGGUAAUGGUGAUGGAAAAGACGGAAUGGAACGUGUCGGUAAGAUUUCCAAGCGUGCAGUCUCUUCACCUGUAUUUCUGCAACAGAGUGAAAGAGAUGUACCCUGAACUGGACAAGAAGUUCGUGAUGGGGACAAAGUUGGCCGGAAAAGUCUUACUUCGGCAAGUCCCUACUCAGGAAUUCCAUGAGAAAAAGCAUUUUGAGGGCUUCUGGUUGGUGAACUAUGCCUCAGUAAUUGGUGGGUUUGGAGAUGAGAUCUCGAACAAGGGCAUUUGUUUGUCGGAGGUAACAGGCAAUGGGAUGGUCCGCUGGGGUGUGCGCAGGCAAGUUAAGUUCCUUGGGAAACAUACAGAAAACAGUAAUCCUCAGUCUUCUUCAAGCUAUGUAAACGGAGAAGAGAAAGCAAAACAUGAAGUAGAUGAAGAAGAAGUUGAUGAGGAGGAGGAGGAAGAAGAAGAGAAAGAAGGAGUUGACGAAGGUGUCACAGAAGAAGCCGUCGAGACAGAGAAAAACCUUAAGAGGAAGAGAUACACCUUCAGAAGCAGGAGUGUUCAGAAAGCAAAGAAAGUAAAACGUGAGAAGAUAAUGCAAAGUUAUAAGAAUAAGACUAAGUUAAAGAGCAGAUGCAAGCAACUAGUACUCAGAAACCCCAAAGACAGAUGGUCUGCAGAGAGGUAA